AUGUGCAAGCUGGUAAUUUACUUCAUUUUAGCUUUGACAGUUCAAGCACGACUGCUUCGCAAAAGGCAAACUUCCUGCCUGCAGUCGUGCGAUACUUCUCGCUGUCCGCCGGUUCCAGAAUCAUGUUAUUAUGGCUUGGUGAAGGACAGUUGCGGCUGUUGUGACAUUUGUGCAUCAGGAGAAGGCGAUUUUUGUGGUGACCGUGGAAGUCCAGUUUGCGGAGAGGGACUAACCUGUGUGUACCCGCCGGGAACACGAAGGUCGCGCGGCUCCUGCGUGUGUACCUCCACCGAGCCUGUCUGCGGUAGCGAUGGAAGAACUUACCCGAGUAUCUGUCGUUUGCGAGCAGAAAAUAAAAGAGCAGGGUUAAACGGCAUACCCGCUGUUAUUCUCAUCCAGAAAGGGCCAUGCGAUUCCGGUGCCCAGAACCCCAGCAGCAUGCGUUACAAAUUCAAUUUUAUAGCAGAUGUGGUGGACAAAAUAGCCCCUGCUGUCGUACAUCUGGAGCUUUUCAGAAGGUUGCCAUUCUCCAACCAGGAGGUACCCGUAUCAAGUGGUUCAGGGUUCAUUGUAUCAGAGGAUGGCUGGAUCGUCACUAAUGCUCACGUGCUUUCCAACAAGCAGCGAAUCAAAGUGGAGCUUAAGAAUGGAGUAGAAUACGAUGCAGCUGUGAAAGACGUGGAUCAGAAACUUGACAUUGCCCUAAUUAAAAUUGAGUCACUUAAUUCCUUGCCAGUGCUUUUACUUGGUCGCUCAUCAGACCUGCGGCCAGGAGAGUUUGUGGUAGCAGUGGGCAGCCCAUUCUCUCUUCAGAACACUGUUACCACAGGGAUCAUCAGUACAACCCAGAGAGGUGGCCAUGAACUGGGCCUAAAAGACUCUGACAUGGAGUACAUCCAAACCGAUGCCAUCAUCAAUUAUGGUAACUCAGGAGGACCACUUGUGAAUUUGGACGGUGAGGUCAUUGGCAUAAACACAUUGAAAGUUACAGCGGGAAUUUCCUUUGCAAUUCCCUCUGACAGAAUACGUCAGUUCCUUGCAGAGUCUUACGACAGACAGAGAAAAGGUAAGCCACUGACAAAAAAAAGAUACAUGGGAGUCCGGAUGCUUCAGUUGACACCAUCUUUGAUCACCGAACUAAAGGAGAGGGAAAGCAACUUUCCAGAUGUGAGCUCGGGAGUGUAUGUGUAUGAGGUGAUCCCUGGCUCCGCAGCUGCCAGCUCUGGUAUAUCCAAUCAUGACGUAAUCUUAAGCAUCAACGGACAGCAGGUUCACAGCACUGAAGACGUGAGCAACGCUGUCCAGUCUGGUGAGGUCCUCUCUGUCGUGGUUCGUCGGGCUAACAGAGACAUUAUUCUCACAGUCAUUCCGGAGGAGAUGGAUUGA